AUGAACAUGGCCGCGCAACUCCCGGAGGUUCGAGGACUCCAAACCGAUGAGGAUGAAUCCAGAAUCUUAAGGGUCAAAAUCAUUGCUGGAAUUGGUUUGGCCAAGAAAGAUAUUUUGGGUGCAAGUGAUCCGUACACUCGAAUCUCUCUCUAUGACCCAGUCAAUGGGGAAAUCACCAGUCUACAAACCAAGACCAUUAAAAAGACUUUGGAUCCGAAGUGGAAUGAAGAGUUCUUCUUUAGAGUGCAUCCCAGGAGACACCGUCUGCUGCUGGAGGUGUUUGAUGAAAAUCGUUUGACAAGGGAUGACUUCCUUGGACAAGUGGAUGUUCCUCUGCACCAGAUCCCUACAGAACAUCCAAACAAUGAAAGGCCGUACACUUUCAAAGACUUCUUAUUGCACCCGAGAAGUCACAAGUCGAGGGUGAAAGGUCAUCUGCGUCUAAAGAUGACGUACCUGCCUAAAAACCGAUGCAAGGACGACCCCGCUGAACAGGGCGAGAAUCUGGAUCCGGGUUGGGAGUUUUUGGAGCCUCAUGAAUUAUGCAGUCCUCAUCAUCCGCAUCAGCUGCCUGCGCUGCCCCCUGGCUGGGAGGAGAGGCAGGACAACCUGGGACGAACUUACUACGUCAACCACGAGAGCAGGACCACACAGUGGCACAGACCCACCAUCCAGGACAGUCAAAGAGACAAUGAGCAGAGACAGGAAACACACAGCGAGUCCCAGCGGGCCUUUCUCACACGCAGACAAAUAUCAGAACAUGAGGAGAACCACGAGCGCAGAGAGUCACCUGAGAGCUGGGAGAUCAUAACAGCAGAUGAGUCGACGCUGUACAGCAGCCUCAGUGAGCGCUCGCCGCCGCCGCCACACUCCCCGAUGGAGAUCAGCACUUUCUGUGAGGAGUUCAACAGACUGCAGGCCACAAACGACAGACGCACGUCCCUCACGCCGCAGGUCACGGCAGCCGCAGAGGAAGUGGACAGACCCUCACGAUGGAGGAGCAUCCUGUUCACCCAGUUAUUGCCCACCUCCGCCGGCCUGCCUCCGGGAUGGGAGGAAAAGCAGGACAGCAAAGGAAGAAUUUAUUUUGUCAAUCAUAACAGCAGAACCACAACCUGGACACGGCCACUCAUUCAGCUCAUACAGCCGCCCUCAGAGUCUCCAGCAUCCCCGAUGGCCAGCGGAUCAACGUCUCUUUCCCAGAAUGCCGCAGGCUACGCUCUGCCCCCAGACGUGUCCCCACAGCACACACACACUCACACACACACUCACACGCCGGAGCACCCAGGACUGAUGCCGACUGGCUGGGAAGUGCGCAGCGCUCCAAGCGGACGGCCCUUCUUCAUCGACCACAACACCAAGACCACCACAUGGGACGACCCACGGCUGAAGGUUCCAGUGCAGAUGAGGAGGAGAGUCUCCCUCGACCCCACUGACCUCGGCCCGCUGCCGCCUGGUUGGGAGAGCGAGUGCAUAGUGAUGGCAGAAUCUUCUACAUUGAUCACAACACAAAAACCACACAAUGGGAAGACCCACGACUACAGAAUUCAGCCAUCAGGUCCAGCCGUGCCUUACUCCAGAGACUAUAAACAGAAGUACGAGUAUUUCCGCAAGAAACUCAAGAAACCGGCAGAGAUCCCGAAUCGCUUCGAGCUGAGUGUGCGGCGUAACGCAGUGCUGGAGGACUCAUACAGACGCAUCCUGUCCGUCAAGCGCUCGGAGCUGCUGAAGGCCCGCCUCUGGGUGGAGUUUGAGGGAGAAAAGGGGCUGGACUAUGGGGGCGUGGCCAGAGAGUGGUUCUUCUUGAUCUCCAAGGAAAUGUUCAAUCCGUAUUAUGGGCUGUUUGAGUAUUCAGCCACGGACAACUACACCCUGCAGAUCAACCCAAACUCAGGUCUGUGUAACGAGGACCACCUCUCCUACUUUAAGUUCAUCGGCCGGGUGGCUGGUAUGGCGGUUUAUCACGGGAAGCUGCUGGAUGCAUUCUUCAUCCGACCAUUCUACAAGAUGAUGCUGCAGAAGCCAAUCACGUUACAGGAUAUGGAGUCAGUGGACAGCGAGUAUUUUAAUUCCCUCAGGUGGAUCCUAGAAAACGACCCCACAGACCUGGACCUCCGGUUCACCAUCGACGAGGAGCUUUUUGGACAGACGCACCAACAUGAGCUGAAACCAGGAGGUGCUGAUAUCGUGGUCAAUGACACCAACAAGAAGGAGUACAUUCAUCUGGUGAUGCAGUGGAGGUUUGUGGAUCGCAUACAAAGACAGAUGACGGCCUUUAAGGAGGGUUUCUAUGAGCUGAUUCCUCAGGACCUGAUCAAGAUCUUUGAUGAAAAUGAGCUGGAGUUCAACAGACUGGAUCUUCCUCCGUACGAGUCGUUCGAGGAGCUGCGAGAGAAGCUGCACAUGGCCAUCGAGAACGCACAAGGCUUUGAUGGAGUCGACUAA